GAUUUGGAACUUCCUCCUGAACAAAUAGCAGUUUUGAGAAAAGCUUUCGAUGGUUUCGACAGAGAACGUUCUGGAAGCAUACCAACAGAUAUGGUAGCAGAAAUCCUUCGUUUAAUGGGUCAACCAUUUAAUAAAAGAAUAUUAGAAGAAUUAAUCGAAGAAGUCGAUGCGGAUAAAUCCGGAAGAUUGGAAUUUGAUGAAUUUGUUACGUUGGCAGCAAAAUUUAUCGUCGAAGAAGAUGCCGAAGCAAUGCAAAAAGAAUUACGUGAAGCAUUUAGACUUUACGAUAAAGAAGGAAACGGAUACAUACCGACGUCAUCGUUAAAAGAAAUAUUAAGAGAACUUGACGAUCAAUUAACCGAUGAAGAAUUGGACAUAAUGAUUGAUGAAAUUGAUGCUGAUGGAUCCGGAACCGUAGAUUUUGACGAAUUUAUGGAAAUGAUGACCGGAGAAUAA